AAAAAAAUUACUAAAUAAAAUAUAAUUUAUCAAUUAAAAAUUAUAAUAUUAGAAAAUAAUAAUUCAUCAGGUUUUACAACACUAGAUAAAUUUUGGUAUAUACGAAAAAUAAAACACCGAUUGCAAAUAUAUGGUGCAAUUUGCGAAAUGUGUGAUACCACUUGUUUACAAUGUUUGAAUUAAUAGGAACACCAUACAAGGUAUGCAAAGUAGAUAACUGUGGAAUAAGAGUGAAAAUAAAAGUUAAUGGUUUUGCACGUCCACAAGCAGUUUUUCAUCUACUUGCUAAAAAGUGUCCACAUGUCGAAGUUUACAAGAUUUCUUUAGGGAGAUUAAUAGAAAUAAAAAGUCCUGAACAUGAGGCUAUAGUUCAAGAUUUUGAUGGAGUAGAUUGGUCAAUUGUCAAUGAAUUCUUUAUAUCAUGGUAUGGCAGCAUUAUACGUAUUGGCCUCGUUGGUAAUCAAAAUGUUCUUGAAUUCAGUCAAGAAAGAAAUAUCUUGAAAGUCAUUGGUUUUAUCAAGUUUAUGACAAUAGCUGAAGAUUCUUCAUCUCAAAUUUGUUUGAGUGAUUGGAUAUUUGAAAGUCCACCAGAGAUACCUUAUUUAACAAGAAGUGUCAAGAUAAAAAACAGUAAACUGUAUUGGAAGUCAUUAGAUGGUGAUAAACUUCCUGCCAAUGCUAUAAUAGGUGGUUUUCAAAAUGAACCAAUAUACAUAGCUAGGGCAAAACACAGAGGAUCCCUUUGUCCUGGGAAAUAUAUACAUUCACAACGUUGCGCCUAUGUUCCAUGGGGCUAUAGUGAACAUCGAAAGGAUAAAUUUCAGAUUCUAUGUGGUUUAAACAUCAGAUGGGUUAAUUGUGAAGGAAAAAAUAUACCUGAGAAUGCAUUUAUUGGAGGCUAUUCCGAAGUAAAUAAUGAACCAUUGUAUAUAGGUCGUGCUCAGUACGGCAGUGAUCUUAUAUGUGGUAAAGUACAUGUGUUAUAUGGUACUUGUUAUAUACCACACAAUGGCUGUGAAGUUGAAUAUCAGUCAUACGAAAUAUUAGUGAUACCAGAUAUUCCUCAACGAAGUAUACAAGAAUCGCAACAAUGUUGUGUUGACUGCUAAUUUUAAUAAGCUUAUAUAAAAUAUUUAUUUAUAUUAAUUAAUAAAUUAAGAU